AUGACGACGUUGCGUUUGUCUGCCUGCUCGCGCGCUUGCCUCACCUUACCGCCCCAUUUAAUUGUGCCUGCUGGUCCCAGUCUGUUUGUACCUUGUCUGCCAACGCAGACACUCUGCUCUUUGACUCGAACCAGCUCGUCGAAGCCCGUGUAA